ACAGAGUCGGAGUUUAGGAAGUUGCCGGAGAAAGUCCUUUAGGGCUCGGCUCUCCUUUCCUCUUCCUCCUCGCUGUCCACUCAGCAGAAACAAGCCCAAGAUGGGUGACUGGAGUGCUUUGGGCCGGCUCCUGGACAAGGUGCAGGCAUACUCGACAGCCGGAGGCAAGGUCUGGCUGUCUGUACUCUUCAUCUUCCGUAUUUUGGUGUUGGGCACAGCCGUGGAGUCGGCGUGGGGUGACGAGCAAUCUGCAUUCAAGUGUAACACUCAGCAACCAGGUUGCGAGAACGUGUGCUAUGACAAGUCUUUCCCCAUUUCGCAUGUCCGCUUCUGGGUACUGCAGAUCAUCUUUGUGUCAACACCAACGCUCCUCUACCUGGCGCACGUCUUCUAUCUGAUGCGCAAAGAGCAGAAGCUGAAUCGGCAGGAGGAGGAGCUGCGCGCCGUCCAGAACGAUGGUGCUGACGUGGACGGGCCAUUGAAACGCAUUGAGCUCAAGAAGUUCAAGCAUGGCCUGGAAGAGCAUGGCAAGGUGAAGAUGAAGGGUGCCCUGUUGCGUACUUAUGUAGUCAGCAUCCUCUUCAAGUCUCUUUUCGAAAUUGGUUUCUUGCUCAUCCAGUGGUACAUCUAUGGCUUCAGCUUGUCUGCAGUGUACACCUGUGAGCGUUCUCCAUGCCCACAUCGUGUCGAUUGCUUCCUGUCGCGUCCCACUGAGAAGACAGUGUUCAUCAUCUUCAUGCUGGUGGUGUCACUUGUCUCACUGGUACUCAAUGGCGCUGAGCUCUUUUAUGUUUUUUUCAAACGUAUCAAGGACCGCGUUAAGGGAAAACAGGGUCAGUUUCAGUCCAAUACCUUAACCCACCCUCCCAAGGACUUGCCAGGCAGCAAGUAUGCCUACUACAAUGGAUGCUCAUCUCCCACAGCGCCACUGUCGCCCAUGUCACCGCCAGGCUACAAGCUAGCCACAGGAGAGAGGACCAACUCUUGCCGCAACUACAACAAGCAGGCGAGUGAACAAAACUGGGCUAACUACAGCACCGAGCGUCAACGCUUGGGCCACAAUGGCAGUACCAUCUCCAACUCGCACGCGCAUGCCUUCGACUACCCUGAUGAUGGUCACGAGCACAAGAGGGCGCCGGUGGGCGGUGAGAUGCAGCCUUUGGCACUUGGUGAGCCCAGACCGGCCAGCCGUGCAAGCAGCCGUGUGAGCAGCCGAGCCAGGCCUGACGACCUGGAUGUCUAAAAGCUGCGCUAAUCCAUGCCAUGCUUGCUUUGUACCAGUCUGUUAAAUAAAUGGACAUAAGGUGCAGAGACAGAGAGAAAAAAAAUUAUCUCCUGCACCUGGGGAAAGGACACACUCCAGUGUCCUGUCCUCGCUCUAGACUCUAGAUGCAGAGACGUAAAAUUACUCACACUGCUGGAGGUACUAUGUGUUAAUUAACGUCAAUGUCAAAGACUAGCGGCGCUAACAUGCCUUUAACAGCUGAACAGUGACAGGGGUGAGAGACCAAUGAGCAUAUUCAAUUCACUUCCUGUAAGUCCCCCAUUUCCCCCAGAUGAAUAUACCUGGCAAGUUUCAUUUCAUUUCAACAAAUUAAAAAAAAAAACCUCUAACACGUUGUUCUGCAACGUUCCCAUCAUGUUCCACAUCUCAAAGACCUCAACACUGUCUAGUUAAACAGGGUUGUGUGUAGGUUCCUAGUGCUGAAGUUCAUGAAUUAAUAUUUAUUUAUUCAUAAAGAGUACAGGACAUUCACCACUCAGUGACUGACUACUACUCAAGGUCAUAUCCAUCUGAAUAAAACUUCAUACAAAAGCAAGAGCAAUAACAAAUCAUGAGAGCCAACUGCAUAUUUAUUGACAAUAAUCCAAAUUUUGGCAAUACAUUUAUUAACAAAAGGUUGCUUUUCUUAUUAAUCGUAGUGGACUGUCGUUUUCCUGAUAAACUUUGAAUAUAUGUGGUGUUAGUUUUGAUUAUUUUGUGUUUGUUAUAUUGAUGUGAGGCAGAAGAUCUGGGUGUGGGUUUUUUUUUUUGCAUUUUUAUUUUAUUUUUAUUUUUUAAUUGUGUUCUGAAAGAAAGGCUUUACAUGAAUUCCCUCCUUUUAAAAAUAUGCCACUUUUCCUUAUUUGUCUUGUUGAAUGGAAAAGGAAAGAUAGUUGUGUUCUACCCAUGUAGUGAAUGGUUUUUGUUUUCAAUCAGUGUAAUUGUGCUGCUUGAGAGAUAGAGUUUAAGUACUGUAAAUCAAGCAUUGUGUCAUAAAUGUGAGUUUUUAGAAGAUUGCUUGUUAGAGCUGGACUAAUAUUUAGUCAUUUAAAUUAAUAAAUGAAUGAAUAACUAAAUAAAAUGAGAUAUAUGCCAAUGUAGCGCCACAAUUACCAAACACUAGUAGAUUAAAAUUAGAAUUUUGGACCUUUUUUAAGGUUUUGAUUUACUUUACGUUACGGCAUAUCGGUACUCAAAACAUGGAGGUUAUUGUGUGUGUGUGUACCGUAUAUAUAUAUAUAUAUAUAUAUAUAUAUAUAUAUAUAUAUAUAUAUAUAUAUAUAUAUAUAUAUAUAAAAAAAAAUUUUUCAGCUACAACGGUGUUUGCACUGAGACUUUGGCAAGGAUGAUGUAUGAUGCAGAAGUGGUAACGUUCUCUCUGUUAUGCAUGGAACUAACUUAUUUGACCACACACACCAGGCCAACGAUCAUUAUAUUAAAACAGAUUUCAUGUGAAACCCUUUGUACACAUUUGGGCCUUGAAGGCCCAAAGCAAGAUAUUUCAUAUCCACUGAAUAAGGAAAAUACAGUUUUAUGUUUGUUUGAUGAAGAGCGUUGAGAAAAUGUCCUUCCUUGAGAAUCCACUGUUGUACAGUGUGCAAAUGCAUGAUAGCAAAAAAAAAAGGUCAUUAAUCAAAUCUGUGAAAAAAUGGCUAUUUUAACCAAUAAAGAAUUUUCUUUGUAA